GGGCGGGAACGGCCGAGCAGAGCGUGAGUGGGGCUGGAGGGGCUGUGGGGGGAUUCUGAGAGACUGGCGUUGGGAGGAUGGUGAGGUGUGGGUUGCCCUUAGGGAUCUCUCAUGGGGGCCCUCAGGGGAUUGCUUUGCCCGGAGGGGGUCUCAGGCUGGGGGUAGUGAGGGUCCCUCCGCCCUGAGGGGUGAUGGGGGUCCGUAGGGUUCGGCCCAUCCCCGUAGGUGAGUGCUGAGAGGUGACUGUGUGACAGAGCGCCGCGGUUGGGGCUCAGCAGUGGUGUCCACGAGCUGUAGUGCGUUCAGAGGAUCCCCCAGCUGCGGGGUUGGGGGGGACCCCUGGAGGUCCUCUGCUCCAAACCCCCCUAAAGCAGUUCCCCGCAGCAGGAGCGCGUCCAGAGGGGUUGGGUCUCUCCAGAGGAGGUCUCUGCAGAUCCUGUGUGCUCUGUGCCAGAGCUCUGCCGUCCUCCUCGCAGCACAGAGUUUGUAUGUUCAGACAGAACGCUCCGGGCUGUGCCCGCCGCCCCUUAUCCUGGUGCUGAGCAGCACCAAACGGAGCCUAGUGCUCCUCCCGACCUCUGCCCUUCAGAUCAGCACUGAUCAGACCCCUCUCAGUCAUCUCUUCUCCAGGUGAAUGGCCCCAGGGCUCCAAGCCUGAGCCCAUCGGGAGGCCCUGAGGCCCCCACCAUCUCUGCAGGGCUCUCCCAGCACUUCCCGGUCUGCCCUGAGCUGGGGAGCCCCAUGCUGGGUGCAGCGCUGCAGCCGUGCCCUCCCCAGGGCAGAGCAGAGGGGAGGAGCGCCGCCCUGCCCUGCUGGCAGUGCUCUGGGCGCUGCACCCCGGGGGAUCGUUGUUCCUCUUGGCCACCAGGGCACGCUGCUGGCUCGUGGUCAGCCUGCUGGCCACCAGGACCCGCAGCUCCUCCACAGGGCUCCUUUCCAGCAACUCAGCCCCCAGCCUGCACUGAUGCAUUCAUGUUCCAGCUGAACACUUAAAUUCACAGCUCGUCCUAAAGCAGACUUACAAAGCAAGAUGUGAUUUUAGAGGGAGGAGCUGAUGAAUGCUGCGCUGCCCGGUUCUGCUCUCGGACCUGGAUCCACAUGGGCACGCCGCUGUGUCUGAACGACGUGCUGCUGGGCUUGUGGCAGCUCCGUGCUCCCAUGUAUGAAGAUGUCUUUGGUGGACCUGGGGAAGCAGCUGCUGGAAGCAGCGCGCAGAGGCGAAGAUGACGAAGUGCGGACGCUGAUGGCCAGCGGUGCUCCCUUCACCACGGACUGGCUCGGGACGUCCCCGCUCCACCUGGCUGCACAGCACGGCCACUACUCCACGGCCGAGGUGCUGCUCCGCGCCGGCGUCAGCAGAGACGCGCGGACCAAAGUGGACCGAACCCCCCUGCACAUGGCUGCGGCUGAUGGACACACUCAUGUGGUGGACUUGUUAAUUAGGAACGGGGCUGAUGUGAAUGCCAAGGACAUGCUGAAAAUGACUGCUUUACACUGGGCAGCAGAACACAACCACCGGGACGUGGUGGAGCUGCUCGUCAGAUACGGAGCUGAUGUCCACGCCUUCAGCAAGUUUGAUAAAUCACCCUUUGACAUUGCUUUGGACAAGAACAAUCCGGAGACCCUGGUGAUCCUGCAGGAAGCAAUGCAGCAGCAGGUGGACGCACGCCCAGAGAAAGCAGAUCCCAUCAGCAGCACUGUGACUGUCAGCUCACCAUUUGUUCUUACAGCUGGAGAUGUCCUCAGCCUCGCUGGUCUCAUCUCUGCAGCAAACACCAAAGGCUCGCUGUGUUUCCAUGUUGUACCCAAGCUCAGCCCCCAGGCUUCGCUUUCAAUUCAAGGAAGAGAGGCGGAAAUGAUGACUUUUUUUUCCUGUUUUCCUUUUGGCACUGACCUCAUUUCCCAAGGCGACGCAGAGGAACGGCUGGCGGCGGAUCCUGUCGGUGCUGCGGGCAGCAGAGGGCAGCGUGUCGUCACCAUCGUGACCAACGUCACCAACAGCAUUGCCCUGAGCAGCCUGCAGUCAGCCGGCCUCGGCCAGCCCUGUGUCAUCACUGUGCAGGAUGGGCAGCCAGCUCUUGGUUUUCCAGCUGUAGCUGUACCUGCUGGUCAGGCUGCAGAGGAGACUGCGACUGGGGGUGGAAGUGAUGCAGGAGGAGGAGAAAAGCCACCAGCCAAGAGGCUGAAAGCAGAACAAAACAGGAAUGAUGUGGAGAAAAGGGAGGGCAGCACUGAAGGAGAAGCGCCCCAGCAGCAGCCCAGCACAGCACAGGGAGAGCAGAACGUCAGCACGGUGUGCACAGCUGUGGUGAGCUCAGAGGACACGGAGGGAACGGAGCGGGUGGCCAACAGUGCUGCGGGAUCCAUCACCUCCUAAUGGUGGGCUGUGGGAGCGGGGCUGGAGCAGAAACACUGCUGGGGCAGCUGCAGCCAGAGUGGGCUGAGACACCGCGGAGAGCCGGGGGUGAGGGGCCGGGCUGGGACCCACCGUGCCAUGGACACCUCUGUGCCCGCAGGGCAGCGCGCCGUGCACACAGCGAGGGCCGGGCGGCUCUGCAGACACACCUGUCACUUUUUUACUCAGCAGUUCUUUUUUGUUUGUUUGUUUGUUUUUUAAAGAUGCUGAAACCUUUUCUAAAUACUGUUCUCAUUGCUGGAA